AAUGGUUUGCUUACUCAGAGAUGGUACGGCAUGCUGCUUCAGAAAAAUGUGUGUCUAAUUAUCUCUAAUGGCAUUUCCCCUAAUCAGACCCUGGAGCAUUGCUAUGAGGAAGAAAGCAAUGGCAGCUGCUUGUGUUCUUUUCAGCACUUUGGUCUGGUUCGUGGCCAUGACAAAUGGAAAAAUCCCAGACAUGCGUGUUACCUGUCUGUUCGCUGAGGACUGCUUGCUGCCCUGCACAUUCAAGCCUGCAGCUGAGGAGGUUAUUGGCUGGUCCAGACAGGAAGUCCUGGUGCACAGUUUCGCACAGGGCAGCAGCCAGCUGGACAAGCAGCACAUGCACUACAGAGGCAGGACAGCCUUGUUCCCAGAGCAGAUCAGACAUGGCAAUGCCUCCCUCCUACUGAGGCUGUGCAACACCCAGGACCGAGGACGGUACCACUGCCAUGUCAACACCACCCUGGGAGGCCAGGAGUCCUUCGUCAUCGCCAAGGUGGAGGCUCCUGUCCAGUCUCUGAACCUGGAGAAGACCCGGCUGAGCGGCUACGAGGAACUGAAGUGUUCGGCCCGGGAUAUCUACCCUGCCCCACAUGUGUUGUGGUUCACAGUCCCCCCGGAGCCUCUGGAUACCCUAAAGCCUGUCACACGAAAGAUGGCCAACAAGAACGGCCUGUAUUCUGUAGAGAGCAAGUUGAGGAAGCUCCAGGGGAAAGACUCAAAUAUUUACACAUAUUUCUGCACCGUCAACUCCUCCUAUGAUACACAGACCUGGAGGGCCUCGCUGCAGGAAAGAGAAUUGAGCAGUGAGGAAGGGGGUGAGCUGAUCAUCCCCUGCCUGUCCCCGACGGACCUUCACAACUUUACCCUCACCUGGACCUUCACCAGAGCAGACAAGCCUGAGGACAUCCUCACCUUCAACAGCCAGAGUAGUCUGACCUCCAACCAGUGGGCAGGCCAGGCCCAAGUGGACCAUGACAGGGUCCUGUCAGGAGACGGAUCGCUCCGCCUCCAGAACCUGCAGAAUGCAGAACACACAGGGACGUACACCUGCACUUUCUCCGCCGCUCGGAGCCGCCACAUGGUGUACACCUCUGUCAACAUAUCCGCCACGGCAGCUGAGAAACUGCAGGGAGAGGGAUCCUACUGGCUGUGGGUGAUCGCUAUUGUACUGGCCACAUUGAUUGUCCUCAUCACUGUGCUGAUUCUGUGCCGGAAAAAGAAAGCUGACCGAUCACCAGCGAGUAAACCAGCUGAAGUAGCCACAGAGAUGCAGGCAGUGCCGACAGAUGAAAAAGAAAAUGUAUUCCAGUCAGAAAAUAGUAAUCUAACUAAAGAUCAAACUGAUGAAAGCAGUUAACUCAUUUGACUUGAGUGGGGCAGUCACGGAUAUCACUUCCUUUCAUUUUGAUGAAGUCUUGUGCAUUGGACAGGAAUAACUGUUUCUGGGGGUGGAAGUGUGAACUGUGAAGAGACAGCUGCGGAAGAAGUCAGAGGAAGCUUCCAUACAGCUUAUUUACAGGGGAAAUCCACUUCAGCGCCCCGCCUGACUCUGUCUCACAUUGCCCCACCCCACGCUGACCUGACCCCAAGAAUCUGUUUAAGUAGAAACUGGAAAAGGAAAUGGCCUACUGGCAUCUUGGCCUUCGUUUUUAUGUAAACCUCAAAGCUGCAGGUGCAUCAGCUUGUCCAAAUUGUCCUUGCUCAUGUCUAAUCGGUAUCACACAGCUUAAAAACAUCUUAAUGAAGAUUGUUAGGAUUUAUAUUUUUCUGUUAUUUUUCUGCAUUUACAUGAAAUUAAAGCUAUUUUACUUUGAGAUUGCUUGUGCUGAGGCAUGUAAUACUGAUACUGAUACAAUAACAUUGCUGAUUUUUUUAAUAAGGUGCUUUCUACAAAUAAAUUCCACAUUAAUUUAUUUUUUUACCAAUAAAUGUAUUGCAAGAUAGGUUUUUCAACAUUUGUGUGUCAGAGAGAGAGAGAGAGAGAGAGAGAGACUUUGACUUUUAAAAAACCCUUUAUUUAACAUAACUUUAAACGAAGGGCAUUAGAAAUAAAAAAUAAAGGAACACCUUAUAUCCCACCCAACUGAGCUACCCUCAAGCAACACCAACCCCCAUACCACCUUCAACAUAACCAGAAUAUUAAAAAAGCAAAAAUAAAUAAAUAAAUAAAUAACCAAAUAAACAAACCAAAGAAUAUAGAAAAAGUAACAAUCUUUGCUGAACACAUAGUUACUAAUUCUCCUUCCCACACUUCGCAGAGCACUCCAUUUAUAGUUCAUUUGUCUUUAAAUCAGAUUGUCAUUCAUUUUGUAAAAGGCAAACUCCAGUUUCAGCCAAGCAAUAAUCAGUACUCUAAAGAUGUUAACACAGUCCUGAGUCACUUGUUGUUGCAUCAUCCCUUUGUGGCUCUUAAAAAUGGCCAGUUUUGCCUGACCAUA